UUUUCUGUGUUGAGAAACAUUGCUUGAACUCUCAUUAACUACGCAAUAUAAUAUAGACAUCGUCUUGUCUUUCUCCACCUAAUCUAUGGACAUGACCUCAUGGGAUACUUCCUGUCUUUCAUCUACUCCCCCUUUCCCCCCAAAACUUUCUCCCUCCCUCCCUCUGCUGAGUUGAAGAUGAACUAAGGAAUUAAUCUUUUUUAUUGGGUGUUACAUCAAUUCAUUUACUGGGUUGUGAAAGAAUCUGAGACUCUGAUUUCAGGUAGUUUGUAUUUCUUUCCUAACUCAAAAGGAUGCAAGUGUGCUGUGAUCUUGAAGUGGACGUCAAUGGGCAAGAGAUUUUUAUGGUAGACAAGAGAAUUCUUUCAUCAUUUUCAGGUAGAUUAAACAAAUUAUUCGGUAAAUCCACGGCAUCAAGGAAGAACCUUAAAGUGAUAUUUCAUGACUUGCCAGGAGGGGCAGAGGGUUUUGAACUCACGGCAAGGUUCUGCUACAACAAUGGUCAAAUUGAGAUAACCCCCUUUAACAUAUCCCUUCUACAUUGUGUGGCACAUUUCAUGGAAAUGACUAAAGACAUCUCUGCAACUGACAAUUUGAUUGAACUAACUGAAGAAUUCCUAGAAGGGAUCAGUUACUGGUCUUGGUCUGAACUUCUGGUAGCUUUGAAACAGUGUCAAGAUUUUGUACCAGCAAUUAUUUCUUCUAGUAUUCUUCAGAAAUACUUGGAUUCCCUCAUAGCAAGGGUGGCUGCUCCCGCCAUUGAUGUCUGUCCAUCUGCUUCUUCACCGAACAGCUCUGCUUUCCGGUUUUCUUGCGAUACGGGAAGCACUGAAAGUUUUAAGAAUAGCUACUCUCGGGCAACUUGGUGGUUCGAAGAUCUUGCGAGUUUGAACCACACUUUGAUAGAAAAGGCUCUGAGGGCAAUGGUUGCCCAGAAAUUUGAUCAUGUAAUUCUCAGUAGGUUCCUCUUCUAUUACCAAAAGUCAAGAUAUUCCAAUGCAACAUCCACUGAGAAGUGCAAAAUCACAGAGAUUGUGGUUGAGCUGCUGUUUUUGCUGGACCAUAGCUCUGUUUCUUGCAAGAGCUUAUUUGAGAUUCUUCGGGUAGCUUUGAGAUUGAAUGUGAAGAAAUGUUGCCAGAACAGAUUAGAGAAUAUGAUUGGUUCACAAUUACAUCAGGCUACAGUUGAUAGCCUUCUUAUCCCAUCACCACCUGGUUCAGAUUAUCUUUAUGAUGUGAAUCUGGUACUGAGAUUCUUGAAAUCAUUUCUCAGCAAAGGAGACUGCUGGACAUCAUCAACUAAAUUGAGAAAAGUUGCAAGCUUGAUGGAUUUGUAUAUUGCAGAAGUGGCCCCUGAUUCCUGUGUGAAACCUUCAAAAUUCAUUGCAUUACUAACAGCCCUGCCUGAUACUUCAAGAGAUUCCUAUGAUGGAAUCUACCUAGCCAUGGACAUGUAUCUAGAGGUUCAUCCUAAAUUAUCCAAAGAAGAAAAGACGAAGAUCUGUUGUGCACUGAAUUAUGAGAAGCUCUCAUCGGAAGCUUUCAAACACCUUGCUAGAAAUUCGAAAUUCCCAUCAAGAAUGGCAGACCAAACUCUCAUGCCUCAACAUUCAAACCUCAAAAGCUUGCUCAAAGGCACUGACAAUCUCAAAUGUUUUGUUGACCUACCUUGUAAUUACACUGAGAAGGGAAUUAAGGGGAAGGAAUCUCAGGAUGGUGAGCAAGUUGUGCUUUAUGAAAGGAGGUUUGAUAUUUCAAUGGAGAAUGAGAAACUCAGAGCACAUUUACAAGGAAUGCAAUGGAGGGUGAUGGAACUGGAGAAUGUUUGUAGGAAAAUGGAGGCCCAGAUGGAAAAGUUGAUGAAGUCAAGAUUAAGAUUAGCAAGUCCAAGUAGUACCAAAUCCUUACCCAGGAUGUGUUCAUGAUAUUUUUUCUUUCUUUUUUUGUUUUUUUGCAUUUGUUUCUUAUUUCCAAAUUAUUAGUUGUACAGUAAAAAAAAAAAAUUUUUUGUUUUUUGGGUGGGGGGGGAGGAGUCACUUUAGAAAAGCAAAGAUGAUUGAGAGCAGCUUCUUUAACAGGAAAUGAGAUGAUGGCUGUACAGAUGGAGAGAGCUUAGGUUGUUUUUGUUUCUUUUCAUAUACAUUGAUUCUGUUUACACAGCAUUCCUUUGUGUAUAUGUGUAGUCCCUUUCCCAAGUCACACUCAAAGCAAAGUUAGUGGAGCAAGUUGACAACUGGUCUGUCUCACUACACUGCCUAAAAAG